CUACUUCUUUGAGUUAGGCGCUACGAGUAAUAGAACUAGUACUACCUGGAUUGUUGAUGUGGUGUAACUUGCAUUUUAUGUUCAGUUUAAAUUUUGCAUAUUUCUCAUCAUGGAUUUAUUUGGCGACCUACCAGAACCUACAGGUGAGAUUUUAAAACACUCAAAUACCAACGGUUCUAGUGUUGAUGGCUUAUUUGGAGAUCUUCCAAGUCCUUCUUCAACUAAGAAAAUGACUGAGAACUUGCCAGCAAAGAGAAAAAUACAAGAUGAAGAGAAACAAGAAACAAAAAAGCCAGCAUUAGGUCUUUAUCAACUCCAUGGCUAUUAUUAUGCAAGAAAAGGAGAACGGGAAAUGAUGCAAGAUGCUCAUGUAAUCAAUGAUGCAUUUCAUAAGACUGUUGCAAAUCUUCACCCUUCUAUACACAGACUAGCCUACUACGCAGUGUUUGAUGGCCAUGGAGGAGUACGGGCUUCACAGUUCUCUGCAGCCCAGCUUCACCAAUAUCUGACAGCUAAGUUACCCAAGGGGGACCUGGCCCAGGUAGAAAAAGAAAUAAAGCGUUGCUUAAUAGAGACUUUCAAGAAGACAGAUGAAGAAUUCCUUAAAGAAGCUUCAAAACACAAGCCCUCGUGGAAAGAUGGUACCACAGCUAUUACUGUUUUAGCUAUCAACAACACUUUGUACAUAGCCAAUCUUGGUGAUAGCAAGGCAAUCCUAUGCAGGUAUAGUGAACAAAACAUGAGAUAUAUUGCAGUUCCUCUCAGCAAAGACCAUUCUCCUACAGACUAUGAAGAAAGAAUGAGAAUUCAGAAAGCUGGUGGUUAUGUCAAGGAUGGUAGAGUACUUGGAGUUUUGGAAGUGUCUAGAUCUAUAGGUGAUGGUCAGUUCAAGACUACAGGAGUAAUUAGUUUGCCUGAUGUGAGAAGAUGUCAACUUACUGACAAUGACAGAUUCUUGCUUUUAGCAUGUGAUGGCCUUUGGAAAGUAUUUACAUCAGAUGAAGUGGUCCAGAAAAUCCAGGCUAAUAUACAUAAUGAUGGAGCAGCACCUAAGGAGAAGCAGGUAGUUCCCAAUUAUGAAGGAAUAUGUGGCAAACUUGUAAACGAAGCUUUGCGCAAACUCAGUGGAGAUAAUGUUACAGUUGUAAUUGUAGACAUACAAAAAGGUGAACCAAACCAAUGAAAGCUAUGGAAACUUUGAUUUCCAAACUUUUGUGUCAGUUCUGAGGAAAUAUAAGCAAACUGUAAGAGUACAGAAAAGGUUGCUUUAUGGAACGUUUGUCUCUGAUUGUAAUCAGUUGUAGGAUUAUUAUUAAUUCAUCUUAUGUUGUAAGUCAGUUUUCUCUGGGGUUCAUUAUUUUUUGUAACAUGUAAAUUUCUGUUGUAAUUUUUAACUAUAUUCUGAACACAGUAUUUUAUAUGCAGUUUGAGUGUGAAGUAAUUACAUUGUUUUGCAUUCUAAUUGGUUUGAUCAAGCUUCAUUAGAAAGUAAUAAAAUUUAUAUAAAGCUCUUCA